AUGUCAUCGGCCGUUCAUGCGGGAGCUACUACAGAGUACAAUAGUACUUGCUCAUUCGGCGUCUUUAGCUUGGGCGGGUCGGUAUUGCCGCUCGUCUACUCGCGUGUGUUGUGGUGAAUUGUGUUGUGGGAGCUACGCUGAGCCACCGCUCGCCUUUCUCAGAUUCGGGCAAAGCCCGGCCGCAUCGCGGCUAGUGCAUCUAGCAUUUGUUUUGUUUUGAGUGAGAAGUGAUCUCUAAUAAGUGAAGUGUUAAGUGACUGUUUGCCAUGGCGAUAAUCACCGGAUUCACGGUCCUCGUGGCGCUGCUCGCUAUAGGAGCAGUGCAAUGCGAGGACGAGACUAUCGGCCCUAUAUUUAUGAAGGAACCCCCGAACCGAGUUGACUUUAGCAAUACGACUGGAGCCGUUGUAGAAUGCGCCGCCCGAGGAUCCCCCACCCCCGAUGUCAUUUGGGUACGAGCUGAUGGAACCGCUGUUGGUGACGUUCCUGGAUUGCGACAGGUUCUUCCGAAUGGAAAUUUGGUUUUCCCCCCCUUCCGAGCUGAAGAUUACCGACAGGAAGUACACGCUCAGGUUUACGCUUGUCUUGCAACGAAUCCUGUUGGAAGUAUUCACUCGAGGGACGUUAACGUGCGAGCUGUGGUUUCACAAGCAUAUGCUGUUAAUCUCAUGGAAGAAUAUGUCCUUAGAGGGAACGCUGCUAUUUUAAAAUGCCAUAUACCAAGCUUUGUAUCGGAGUACGUCAAUGUCGUGUCAUGGAUUAUCAGCGAAGUAGAAGAAGAGGUUGAGAUUAAACUUGAGUCAGAUAAUAAUAAUUCAGAUGAGGGAAAAUAUUUAGUACUACCAUCGGGUGAAUUGCAUAUUCGUGAUGUUGGACCUGAGGACGGAUACAAAUCAUACCAAUGCAGGACUAAACAUAGACUGACUGGAGAAACUAGAUUAUCGGCAACUAAAGGACGUCUUGUUAUCACUGAACCUAUGGGAAAAGUCUCUCCAAAAUUUCCAACUUUAGAAAAAAGUAGACUUUUUAAUUAUGACACUGCUCAAACUAUGUCGCUUCUUUGUCCCGCGCAAGCAUUUCCUGCCCCAAUGUUUAGAGCCUAUGGGCAAAGUAUCACCGAAGUUUCCAACUAUGGAAACAGGACGCAGUUUUACUUUUUCUUCAAAUACCUGUGUGACUCUACUUUGCCCGGCCCAAGCCUUUCCAACUCCACUAUUCAGAACCCGUGGGUCGCGUUUCGCCUAAAUUUACAACUACUGAUAAAAGUCGAGCGUUUGAUGCAAACGAACGAGAAAAUAUCACAAUUUUGUGCCCCGCCCAAGCUUUUCCUGCCCCGGCUUUCAGAACCAAUUAAUAGCGCCCCACCGAAAGUCCCAACUAAAACAAUAGAAUUUUUGGAAUUUUCUAUGAGAUCCAGCGUUACAUUACUUUGCUUGGCCCAGGCGUAUCCUGUCCCUAUAUUCCGAUGGUAUAAAUUUAUCGAUGGCUCUGCGAGGAAACAGCCAGUGGUCCUUAACGAUAGAGUAAAGCAAGUAUCAGGCACCCUUAUCAUCAAAGAGGCUAAAGUUGAGGAUUCCGGAAAAUAUUUGUGCGUUGUCAAUAAUUCUGUUGGAGGCGAAUCUGUUGAAACUGUCUUAACUGUGACUGCACCAUUAAAAUCCACUGUUGAACCAGCUACCCAAACUGUUGAUUUUGGUCGCCCAGCCGUCUUUACUUGCAGAUAUGAAGGCAAUCCCGUCAAAACCAUUACUUGGCUUAAAGAUGGCAAGGACAUGAACCAUCACGACCCUAUCCUCAGAAUUGAAUCGGUUAAGAAGGAAGACAAAGGAAUGUACCAAUGCUUUAUUAGAAACGAUCAAGAAAGUGCCGGUGCUAGUGCUGAACUGAAACUCGGAGGACGAUUCGAACCACCUCAGAUCCGUCAUAGCUUCGGCGAACAGACCCUCCGCUCCGGCCCCUCUCUGCGACUCAAGUGCGUGGCUUCCGGAAACCCCACCCCCGACAUCGCCUGGCAACUCGACGGAGACAAGCUCAACAGCGGAGAGAGGCUGCAGAUCGGACAAUUCGUUACCGCCGACGGAAACGUCGAGUCGCACCUCAACAUCUCGUCCGUACACACCAACGACGGAGGACUCUACUCCUGCAUCGCAUCAAGCAAGGUGGGCAGCGCAUCUCAUGCGGCGCGAGUGAACGUGUACGGGCUGCCCUACGUGCGCGUGAUGAAGAAGCGCCCCGUGGUGGCCGGAGACACGCUGGUGGCGCACUGCCCCGUGGCCGGAUACCCCAUCGACUCCAUCGUCUGGGAGCGCGACGGACGUGUGUUACCUAUCAACCGCAAACAAAAAGUUUUCCCUAACGGCACCCUCGUCAUUGAAAACGUCGAACGUACCAGCGACCAAGCGACCUACACUUGCGUAGCCAAAAACUCCCAAGGAUACAACGCUAAAGGAAAUCUCGAACUUCAAGUCAUGGUUCCGCCUUUGAUAGUGCCAUUCAGUUUUGGGGAGGUACCAGCUAAUCCUGGAGAUGCUGCGGUAGUGAAUUGCGUUGCCACUAAAGGAGACCUGCCACUAGAAAUAUCUUGGACAUUUAGCAGCGAAACAAUAGACUCAAGUUUGCACCGAGACAUCAUGACUACCCCGCUAGGUUCGCGAGCCUCUGUACUCACGAUUAAUUCAGUGAGUGCAAAUCACCAAGGAAACUACACAUGUAUCGUUCAAAAUGCGGCCGGGCGUGCAGAACAUGCUGCGACUCUUGUUGUAAAUGUUCCCCCACGUUGGAUUUUGGAACCAACUGAUAAGGCAUUUGCGCAAGGUUCUGACGCUAAAGUUGAAUGUAAAGCCGAUGGCUUCCCCAAGCCUCAAGUUACCUGGAAGAGGGCUGAAGGAGAUACGCCUGGCGAUUACAAAGACCUUAAACCAAAUAACCCUAAUGUAAAAGUUGAGGACGGAACACUGACGAUUGCGAAUAUUCAAAAGACAAAUGAAGGAUAUUAUCUUUGUGAAGCAGUUAAUGGAAUCGGAUCUGGAUUAUCUGCUGUUAUUUUGAUUAGCGUUCAGGCUCCACCCCAAUUUGAAAUCAAAAUGAGAAACCAAACAGCUCGCCGAAGUGAACCCGCUGUUUUGCAGUGCCAAGCUAAAGGUGAAAAGCCAAUUGGAAUUAUCUGGAACAUGAACAACAAACGUCUUGAACCCAAAUCCGACCCCCGCUACACAAUUCGCGAAGAGAUUCUGCCUGGUGGUGUUGUCUCCGACCUGAGCAUCAGAAGGACUGAACGAUCUGACAGCGCCCUAUUCACCUGUGUUGCUACCAAUGCCUUCGGCUCUGAUGAUACUAGCAUCAACAUGAUUAUUCAAGAGGUACCCGAGGCUCCCUAUGGCUUAAAAGUUCUGGAUAAAUCUGGAAGAACCGUUCAACUUUCUUGGGCUGCACCUUACGACGGAAACUCGCCUAUCAAGAAGUUCCUUAUUGAAUACAAACGGGCUAAGGGCAAUUGGGAAAAAGAUAUCGAUAGAGUUCUCGUACCUGGAGAUGCGACUGAAGCCGGAGUGUUCAGCUUACGACCAGCUACUGCUUAUCACAUCAGAAUUGUAGCAGAAAACGAACUCGGAACCUCAGAACCAUCGGAGACUGUCACUAUUAUCACCGCAGAAGAAGCACCCACUGGCAUGCCACAAGACGUAAAAGUUGACGCCGUUGACAAACACACCCUUCGAGUUACCUGGAAACCACCUCAGCCUCAGGAUUGGAAUGGUGAACUUCAAGGAUACUAUGUUGGUUACAAGCUCGCAUCAAGCAACAAAUCUUUCGUCUUUGAAACUGUCGAUAUCUCCAAGGAAUCUGGCAAGGAACAUCAUCUUGAUAUCUUUAAUCUGAAAACUUACACCCAAUACGCCAUCGUUGUCCAAACCUUCAACAAAAUGGGAUCUGGUCCAGUAUCGAAUGAAGUGCGCGCUUACACUGCUGAAGGCGCCCCCUCUGCCCCUCCCCAGGAUGUUCUCUGCACCACGCUUACCGCGCAAACCAUCAGAGUGUCUUGGGUAUCCCCCCCUCUUGCCGCCGCUAACGGACUCAUUAAAUCUUACAAAGUUAUCUACGGCCCCAGCGAGACCUGGUACGACGAGAAAACGAAAGACACCAAGAUCACCGCCAGCAGCGAAACCAUCCUUCAUGGACUUAAGAAAUUCACGAACUACUCUAUGGAAGUACUGGCUACCACCAACGGAGGUGACGGAGUCCGAUCUGUUCCUAUCCACUGCCAGACUGAACAAGACGUUCCCGAGGCUCCGCGUGCGGUGAAGGCGCUGGUUAUGGGCGCUGACUCCAUCCUCGUCUCCUGGCGCCCCCCUGCGCAGCCCAACGGUGUCGUCACCCACUACAACGUGUACACGCAAGCGCAAAACGCCGAGCCACAUCCCAACAAGGUACCCGCAUCUCAAACCAGCUACUCGGCAACCGAUCUUAAAGCUGGCCGCUACGACUUCUGGGUGACCGCUUCCACCAUCAUCGGCGAAGGACAACCCUCGGCCACUGCCUCCUGCAGUCCCAGUGACAAAGUACCCGCAAAGAUCGCAUCAUUCGACGAAUCGUUCACGGCCACUUACAAGGAAGACGUUAAACUGCCCUGCCUCGCCGUCGGUGUUCCUCCUCCUAAUAUUCUGUGGAAGGUAAAAGGACAUCCUCUGGAAGCAUCGGAACGCGUACGGCAGCUGCCCGAGGGUUCGCUGCAGAUCGCCGGAGUGGCUCGCGAAGACGCCGGAGAGUAUUCGUGCCACGUGGACAACCAGUUCGGAACCGAUACCGUCACUCACACGCUUUCUGUACUCGCCCCGCCAUUCCCACCACAACUGAACAUCGCCUCGUCCUCCGUGUCAUCGCUGACGCUUCGCCUGAAGCCUUCGCUGGACGCCGCACAGUCUCCCGCCGCAGGAUACACCAUCCACUACAAACAGGAAUUCGGCGACUGGGAAACCGUUCAGAUUCCGAGCAACACUGAUACGUACACACUUGAGAACUUGUUCUGUGGAUCCAGAUAUCAACUCUACGUGACUGCUUACAACGGCAUCGGCACGGGCGAGGCGUCGGACGUGGUGAUCGCGCGCACGCGGGGCUCCAAGCCGCCCGUGCCGCGCGCCGCCGACUUCAUCGAGGUGGGCUCCUCCUCCGUCACGCUGCACCUCAAGCAGUGGCUCGACGGCGGCUGCCCCAUGAGCCACUUCGUUGUCGAGAACAAGAAGAAGGGAGCUGCCGAGUGGAACCAGAUCUCGAAUGCCGUUAAACCCGGCGGAAACUUCGUUGUACUUGACCUCGAACCGGCCACGUGGUACGUCCUGAGGAUUACCGCUCACAACAACGCCGGAUUUAACGUAGCCGAGUACGAAUUCGCAACUCUGACAAUGACCGGAGGCACGGUGGCGCCGCUGCCGGGCGCCGGCGCCGGACGGGACCUGCCGCCCUGGCUGCGCGCCUGGCUCGAGCCGGAGGUGCUGGUGCCCAUCCUGGCCACCGUGGUCGUAUUCAUCGUGGGCAUGGUGGUCAUCUGCCUGACGCUGGCGCGCCGCAACACGCCGCACCGCCUGCGAGGUCAGAAGGACGCGUACUACGACGCCGUGUACAGCGCGGCGGGCGCGCUGGGCGGCGCGGGCGGCACGCUGGACAAGCGCGGCGGCCUGCGCGACGAGCUCGGCUACAUCGCGCCCCCCAACCGCAAGCUGCCGCCCGUGCCCGGCUCCAACUACAACACCUGCGACCGCGUCAAGCGCCAGGCCGUCAUCAUGGGCGCGCACUCCACGUGGGACCCGCGCCGCCACCACUACGAGCGCGUGAGGCGACUGCGCCGCGCGGGCUCCGGCGACACGCUCUCCACAGGCAUGGAGGAUGAGAUCUGCCCCUACGCCACGUUCCAUCUGCUCGGCUUCCGCGAAGAAAUGGACCCCAGCAAGGCCAUCGCGUUCCCGCACCACCACCCGUCGCACGCCGGCACGCUGGCGCACCCGCACCCGCACCCACACCCCCACCACCCCGCGCACUCGCGCGCCGGCUCCCAGAGCAUGCCAAGAGCCAACAGCCGCUACGCCCGUAAGAACUCCCAAGGAGGACAGAGCGCCAUCUACUCCACCGCUCCCGAGUACGACGACCCUGCUACCUGCGCUGAAGAAGACCAAUACCGCGCGCGCUACUCGCGGCCGAUGUACGCGUGCGGGCCCGAGUACGACGAGCCCGCGUGCUGCGCGCCCGAGGACGAGCAGUACACCGGCGCCUACGGCACGCCCUACUCCGACCACUACGGCUCCCGGCCCAGCAUCGGAACUCGCAAGUGCGGAUCUCCCGAGCCUCCCCCACCACCACCCCGUAACGCCAACACCGAGAACAACUGCUCCUCCUCGUUCAACGAAAGCAAGGACUCCAACGAAAUCUCCGAAGCCGAAUGCGACCAGCCCCGUAACUACCCCGUAAGGGCCCACACUGCCAAGGACGGUUUGCACAGCGACGAAAUGAGGAAACUCAUUGACAGACCAGAAUCAAACACCCCAAUCCCCCAGCAAGCAGUCCACGGGCGGGGGGGACUCACAGCCUACGAUACUGUGGCAGUGUAACCUGUGAGCCGCUAACGUCUCCUCACUUCUGUAAGCGUCUGUAUCAAACGACCACGCUCCCGCGAGUCGAUCGCCCAUCGCCUUUCAUUCAUUUCCCAUUUAAUCUUUAUUGCACAAUUAAAUAGAUUCGCUUCGCUUCCGUGUUCCCGCGAGACCGUGGCCGUGCAGAAUGCGGAUAUAUUCUUAUCAACCGUUUUUUUUUUAUCAAAAAGUGUUUCGCUACCUCGUAGCGAUUUCAUUUUAAAUGUCAAAAUAAGUUGUCUAGAUUAUUUUUACUUAUAUUAUUAGUGCACGCGAGUGCGAUUGAAGUUUAGAUACCAGUUCGCCCGUAGACCCGCAGUCUAAUAGUUACAAAGUCGGAUGAGUUACGUCGUGCAUCGCUCCCGUAGAACGUGUCACGUCACUUUGUAUAGUGUUACCACUUUAAAUGUGAAACAGAAAAUUAUGGUUGUGGUAGUUAAAUCAAAUGAUAUAUUUUCUUUAGAGAAGUGACGUGCUAUCACUAAAUUUAUCUAAUGCGAAACAAACGGUCACUUAUCCGACUUUGUGAAAUUUUCUACAAAUAUUAUAACGGGGUGUUUUUAUUUUUGAUCUUAUUUGUUUAGCUUAAUUUAAACGUUGGAGCGUCUGGAUUUUGUGUUGGCUCUAGAAGUGUAUUACUAAUGUUUAAAUUUAAAUUAAGCUCAACAUGUAAUCUUGUGAUAUUUUGAAUUUUUUACCCAUUUUAUUUUACGUUAGAUGUACUAACAGUAACGUUAUUUAUAUUUGUGUAUUUUUAAGACGAUCAGUUUAUAAGUAAACUGCCAACCACGAGGUUGGUCCAAUAUGCUUCCUUUUUAAUGUUACAGUUUUGUGAUGCUUUACCAUUUAUGUUAUCGCCAUGUCAUUUUUUGUAUUAUUAUGUAAUGUUUUUAACGUUUUCAUUGCGAUUUAAAUAACUUUUAGAUAAGACUAGACCUAAGGCAUCUUAUUAGUAAAUAAUCAACUCUUUAAAUAAAAAACUAUGUAAUCUGUAGCUAGUUAUGUAAGGACGUGCAUUAUUGAAAUUUCAGUAUAUAACACUAAAUACCCGAACAAUAAUAUUUCGACUAGCAACACUAACCCCGACCUUGUCAAGGUCAUAUAAUACUAUAUUAUUGAUAUGGAAUUUCGAACGCAUUUUGUAUAACCUAAUGUAACCCUAAUGUAAUAAGGUGCAUUUUUAUCGUUCAAUAAUAGUUAUCUUAUCUCUAUAUAUGCAAAUGAUUAGAUUUAAGACACGAGCGUGUCAUUUUCUAGACGUCUUCUUAUAUGUUGUGGCAUCGUCGUGUAAGCUUUGCAACGUAGGCUUGUAGAUAGGUUCUUGAGACUUCCUAGCAACCGAUCUCUUCUUUAAACCUUCCAAUUAGAUUUUUUGGAUUUAUAAUAAAUUAUAAUUAAAAAUUUAAAUAAGGAUUUUCAAAAUUAUAAUAUAGCUAUUCGAUGGAGAUUAAAUUAUCUACUCGUUUAAGCGUUUAAUGAAAAAAAUAUCGCCAAAUUGACGGGAUUGAUUUUAAUUUAUAAAUUUUGAUGUUUUGUGCUUCUGAGUGUUGUGUCUGCGGCUUGGAUUCAUUGAUUUAUUUUCAUUAACGCAAAAUUACAUUGCUAAUUGCAAUUAACUGUUUGUACCAAAGUGUUUGAAUUGUGUUGAAUAAAGUACUCAUAUUUCAACUACGAA